UCCGUCUACUAGGCGGAGAGAGAGAAACACACCCCCUCCCUCUUAAAAUCCCAAAGGCCAAAACCAUUGUCGCCAGCCAUGGAUUUCGCCCGCCGAGCCGCCGCUGGGGCCGACGCCGACGACAUCUACGGCAUGCGCAUCCCUUCUCCGGACGCACACAUGACGAUAGACGAACUCCGCCAGGAACACUUUCACGAGGGCAUUCUCCAGCAAGUCAUUCUGGCCGAACUUGCCGAGAGGUGGAAGCUGGAGGCCAAGUUCCAGCGUGAACUCAGCUUGUACGGUGGUGGCGCAUCCUCUUCGCCGCAUCGGGAGCCGCUCGACGUGCCCCUGUCACUUUCAGGGGCAUCGACGUCGAGACUGCAUAUUAAAGAUCAGAUCAUGGAAUCGUAUGAACCACCAUGGCGCAGGGUGGCGAGCGAGGAGGAUGCACCAAUCGUUGGGUCUAAGCUGUGCAAAAACGCAAUCUCUGGGAUGAAGAGGAAACGGACUGCAGAAAGUCCGUCCUUGAUGUGCAGCAUCUGUGACACGAAAUGCUACUGUGACCAAGAGAACAUAGCGGCUCUCCUGGGAGGAGGCAAGGAAACUGAAGAGAAGCUGCAUGAAAAGAAAGCACUGCAGCUUGCGCACAAGAGCCAGAAAUCUGUCUCAAGAUGGAUGUGCAUCAUCUGCGAUGCUAAUUGCAAAUCUCAAUUUGACCUGGAGAGCCACCUCGGAGGCAGAAGGCACCAAGAUAACAUAAAAGCUCUCCAGGGAGAAGGCAAGGGAACUGAAGCGAAGCUGCAUGAAAAGAAAGAGCCCCAGCUUGCGGACAUGAACCAGAUACCUGUCUCACGAUGGAUGUGCAGCAUCUGCAAUGCUAAUUGCACAUCUCAGUCUGACCUGGAUAGCCACCUCAGAAGCAGAAGGCACCAAGUACAAGCUCUCCAGGGAGAAGUCAAGGGAACUAAACCGAAGCUGUAUGAAAAGAAUGAGCCCUGGCUUCUGGACAUGAACCAGAAACCUUCCUCAAGAUGGAUGUGCAGCAUCUGCAAAUCUACUUGCACAUCUCAAUCUGACCUGGAGAGCCACCUCGGAGGCAGAAGGCACCAAGAGAACAUAGAAGCUCUCCAGGGAGAAGGCAAGGGAACUGGAGCGAAGCUGUAUGAAAAGAAUGCAUCCCAGCUUGCGGACAUGAACCAGAAACCUUCCCCAAGAUGGAUGUGCAGCAUCUGCAAUGCUAAUUGCAAAUCUCAGUCUAACCUGGAGAGCCACAUCGGAGGCAGAAGGCACCAAGAGAACAUAGAAGCUCUCCAGGGAGAAUGCAAAGGAACUGAAGUGAAGCUGUAUGAAAAGAAAGAGCCCCAGCUUGCGGACAUGAACCAGGAACCAUCUUCAAGAUGGAUGUGCAGCAUCUGCAAUGCUAAUUGUACAUCUCAAUCUAACCUGGAGGACCAUCUCAGAGGCAGAAGGCACCAAGAGAACAUAGAAGCUCUUCAGGGAGAAGGCAUGGGAACUGAAGCGAAGCUGUAUGCAAACAAUGAGGCCCAGCUUGCGGACAUGAGCCAGCAACCUUCUGCAAGAUGGAUGUGCAACAUCUGCAAUGCUAGUUGCACAUCUCAAUCUAACCUGGAGAGCCACCUCGGAGGCCGAAGGCACCAAGAGAACAUAGAAGCUCUCCAGGGAGAAGGCAAAGGAACUGAAGCGAAGCUGUAUGAAAAGAAAGAGCUCCAGUUUGCGGACAUGGACCAGAAAUCUUUCUCAAGAUGGAUGUGCAACAUCUGCAAUGCUAAUUGCACAUCUCAAUCUAACCUGGAGAGCCACCUCAGAGGCAGAAGGCACCAAGAAAACAUAGAAGAUCUACAGGGAGAAGGCAUUGGAACUGAAGCGAAGCUGUAUGAAAAGAAUGAGCCCCAGGUUCUGGGCAUGAGCCGGAAACCUUCCUCAAAAUGGAUGUGCAACAUCUGCAAUGCUAAUUGCACAUCUCAAUCUGAACUGGCUAGCCACCUCGGAGGCAGAAGGCACCAAGAGAAUAUAGAAGCUCUCCAAGGAGAAGGCAAGGGAACUAAAGCAAAUCUGCACGAAAAGAAAGAAUUUGCGGACAAGAGCCAGAAAUCUGUCUCCAGAUGGAUGUGCACCAUCUGCCAUGUUAAUUGCACAUCUCAAUCUGUCCUCGGGAGCCACUUCCGAGGCAGAAGGCACCAAGAGAACAUAGAAUCUCUCCAAGGAGAAGGCAUGGGAACUGAAGAGAAGCUGCAUGAAAAUAAAGCGCCCCAGUUUGCGUACAAGAAUCAUAAACCUGUCCCAGGAUGGGUGUGCAGCCUCUGCAAUGCUGACUGCGCAUCUCAAUCUGACCUCAAGAGUCACCUUCAAGGCAGAAGGCACGAAAGGAACUUGCAAGCCCAAGCUUAGUCGUUAGGAACACAAAUCGUAAAUUCUCGGUGCAUGCAUUGGGACACAGUCGCAGAACAUGGUGCAAAACUUAAGUAAGACAAAUACUCCCUCUGUCCCAUCUAGAUACAUCUAAAUUUUAGACAAAGUUAAGCCAUGUUUCAGGGGACGGAGGGAGUAGAAAGGAUUGCAGUUUCUGCAAUAUUUUGGAGCUCCUAUUAUUGUGAUGUCUUAUGGUAUGACCUCUUCCAUUUUGGGGCUAAGUUUGAUUAGACUUGUUGGCCUGAGAGGUUCUAGACUUAGAUCAUGUGAGUGGAGCUGAGAUGUCCUCACAUUUGGUACUUUGCAGACGAGAAAUGGAAAGCAUAUUUUGCA